AUGACUACCGACAAAGUCACCUUGGGAGACGCUUUGUCGAACGUUGAUGUUUUGGAUGAAUUCACGCUACCGGAUGAGCAGCCUUGUAUAGAAGCUCAACCAUGUUCUGUGGUAUAUCAAGCAAACUUUGACACCAACUUUGAGGAUAGAAAUGGUUUUGUAACAGGUAUCGCCAAAUACAUAGAAGAGGCAACUGUGCACGCAAGCCUGAACGAGUUAUUGGAAGAAGGUUUAGAACAUGCUGUUAUGCUGUAUACAUGGAGAUGUUGUUCACGUGCAAUUCCACAACCAAAAUCUAAUGAACAACCAAAUAGAGUAGAAAUCUAUGAAAAAACAGUAGAAGUGUUAGCUCCUGAAGUAAAUAAGUUAUUAAAUUUUAUGUAUUUUCAAAGAAAAGCAAUUGAGAGAUUCUCAGGAGAAGUGAAACGGUUAUGUCAUCAUGAAAAAAGAAAAGAUUUUGUAUCUGAAGCUUAUUUAUUGACUUUGGGAAAAUUCAUCAAUAUGUUUGCAGUAUUGGAUGAAUUGAAAAACAUGAAGUCUAGUGUAAAAAAUGAUUACUCGACAUACAGAAGAGCCGCGCAAUUUUUGAAGGUAAUGUCAGACUCCCAGACACUACAGGAAUCCCAAAAUUUGUCGAUGUUUCUAGCAACGCAAAACAAAAUUCGCGACACGGUAAAAGAGAAUCUAGAGAAGAUUGCAGGAUAUGAAGAACUGCUCGCGGACGUCGUCAAUAUUUGUGUUCAUAUGUUUGAAGCCAAGAUGUAUCUCACACCUAACGAGAAGCAUAUGUUAGUGAAGGUGAUGGGCUUUGGUUUAUUCUUAAUGGACAGCGAGUUGUGUAAUAUCAAUAAACUCGACCAGAAGAAAAAGUUAAAAUUGGACAGAAUCGAUAGGAUCUUUAAGAAUUUGGAAGUAGUGCCAUUGUUUGGAGACAUGCAGAUCGCUCCAUUCAACUAUAUCAAACGUUCCAAACACUUCGACGCAUCGAGGUGGCCGUUAUCUUCUUCGUCCAACAACAUAAGCCCGCAAGCCGAUCUUAUGGUGCAUCUUCCUCAAAUUAGAGAGGAUCACGUGAAAUACAUCAGCGAAUUGGCAAGAUACAGCAAUGAAGUCACCACUACGUACAAGGAAUGUCGAAGCGACACGGAAAAUCGCGACACGGCGGAGUUGGCAUUACGUGGAUUACAGUUGCUCUCGCAGUGGACAAGCGUCGUGACGGAGUUAUACAGUUGGAAGCUUUUACAUCCCACUGACCAUCACAUGAACAAGGAAUGCCCGCAAGAGGCCGAAGAGUACGAGAGAGCCACACGUUACAACUAUUCUGAUGAAGAGAAAUUCGCCCUUAUAGAAGUUAUAGCGAUGAUCAAGGGAUUGCAAGUACUGAUGGCGCGUAUGGAGACUGUUUUUAUCGAUGCGAUACGUAGAAAUAUAUACGCUGAGUUGCAAGAUUUCGUACAACUCGCAUUGCGGGAGCCUCUGAGGAAGGCAAUUAAAAAUAAGAAGGAUCUGAUUAGAAGCAUAAUCGUUUCUGUGAGAGAAACUUGCGCCGAUUGGCACUUUGGAGUGGAGCCGCUUGGAGAUCCUGCUUUAAAAGGCAAAAAAGAUCCGGAUAACGGUUUCGGCAUUAAGGUUCCACGUAGAAAUGUCGGUCCGUCUUCCACGCAACUAUAUAUGGUACGAACUAUGUUGGAAUCGCUGAUCGCCGAUAAAAGCGGUGGGAAACGUACCUUAAGGAAGGAUAUUGAUGGUCAAUAUCUCGUUCAAAUCGAUCAAUUCCAUAAAACUAGUUUCUACUGGAGUUAUCUUCUGAAUUUUAGUGAGUCUCUACAGAAUUGUUGUGACUUGUCGCAAUUAUGGUAUAGAGAAUUUUAUUUAGAAAUGACUAUGGGUAGGAAAAUACAGAAAUGCCAAGUACGUCACCAGCAUAACGAAGAAUGCAGCGACCUUAUCACCAUGGAGAAACGCAUUCAGUUUCCGAUCGAAAUGUCGAUGCCGUGGAUAUUGACCGACCAUAUAUUGAGAAGUAAAGAACCAUCGAUGAUGGAAUAUGUAUUAUAUCCCCUGGAUUUGUACAACGAUAGCGCGCUUUACGCGCUCACAAUAUUCCGCAAGCAAUUUCUGUAUGACGAGGUGGAAGCCGAAGUAAAUUUGUGCUUCGAUCAGUUCGUAUACAAACUCAGCGAGCAGAUUUUUGCGCAUUACAAACAAUUGGCGGCCAGUAUCUUGUUAGACAAACGCUUCAGGGUGGAGUGUGUGGCCCUCGGAGCGUAUCUACUGCCGUAUCCGCGUGCCAACAGAUACGAGACGUUGUUGAAGCAAAGGCAUGUCCAGCUGUUGGGAAGAAGCAUCGAUCUGAACAAACUCAUAACUCAACGUAUCAACGCGGAUAUGCAAAAGUCGCUGGAUCUGGCAAUCAGUAAAUUCGAAUCCGGUGAUAUAACUGGAGUUAUAGAACUAGACGGAUUGCUACAAGUGAAUCGCCUCACUCACAAGCUUCUGAGCAAGUGGCUGGCAUUGGACGAGUACGAUGCCAUGUUCAGGGAAGCAAACCACAACGUUCUAGCGCCAUAUGGAAGGAUUACUCUUCACGUAUUCUGGGAAUUAAACUAUGACUUCUUGCCGAAUUAUUGUUACAAUGCUGCCACAAACAGAUUUGUCAAAUGCCGUGGCAUACAGUUCGUGCAACCCGUUCACAGAGACAAACCUCCGCAGAUGUCACAUCACUAUCUUUGGGGUAGCAAGCAAUUGAAUCUGGCUUAUAGCACUCAAUACGGCCAGUACUCGGGUUUCGUUGGUCCGUAUCACUUCCGCACUAUAUGCAAACUCCUCGGAUAUCAAGGGAUAGCUGUCGUCAUGGAAGAACUCUUAAAGAUCGUUAAGACGCUGAUUCAAGGCAGUCUACAUCAAUUCACUAAAACUCUGAUGGAGGCUAUGCCGAAAGUCUGCAAGCUCCCGCGAUACGAUUACGGAUCUCCCGGGGUCCUGGGCUAUUACCACGCUCAAUUGAACGACAUUGUGCAAUAUCCCGACGCUAAAACCGAGUUGUUUCACAAUUUUCGGGAAUUCGGCAAUACGAUCCUGUUUUGUCUUUUGAUGGAGCAGGCUCUGUCGCAAGAAGAAGUGUGCGACUUAUUGCACGCCGCACCUUUCCAAAACAUUCUGCCUAGACCGUACUGUAAAGAGGGAGAGAAACCUGAGACCAAGCAAAAACGACUGGAAGCAAAAUACGCGGCUCUGCAAAUCGUACCGAACGUGGAGAAGUUGGGCACUGCUAAGCAAGCGAUGAUCGCUAGAGAGGGAGAUUUGUUAACGCGCGAACGCUUGUGCUGCGGUCUAUCGAUAUUCGAAGUUGUACUCAGCAGAUUACGGAGCUUUCUGGAUGAUCCUAUCUGGGUCGGUCCGCCACCGGCGAACGGUGUAAUGAAUGUAGAUGAAUGCACGGAGUUUCACAGGCUCUGGAGCGCACUUCAAUUUGUAUACUGCAUUCCUGUUGGCGAAACCGAAUUUACUGUCGAAGAGUUAUUUGGUGAGGGUUUACAUUGGGCCGGGUGCGCUAUGAUCGUUCUUCUGGGCCAACAACGUCGAUUCGAAGCGCUCGAUUUCUGUUACCACAUUCUCAGAGUGCAACGUGUAGAUGGUAAAGACGAGAAUGUGAAAGGAAUACACUUGAAGCGGAUGGUGGAUCGAAUAAGACGAUUUCAAGUUCUAAAUUCACAAAUAUUCGCAGUCUUGAACAAAUAUUUGAAAAGUGGCGACAGCGACGCGGCUAGUGUGGAACAUGUACGAUGCUUCCAGCCACCGAUACAUCCCUCGUUGGCACAUGCACAGCAGCAGCAACAUUACCACGCGCCGGAAUAUUUACGUCAAAUCAAUCAUCAAUGAGCAGAGUUACCGUAAAAAAAAGACUGAAUCCAUGCGAUUCAAAAGGGAGGGCCGUUCAUAUGAGCAAAAUCAGUCCUUGUUUUUACGAGGAGAUAUUUCUAGCUAAAGACUUUAUAUUUUAUAUCGUCUUUUACGUCGCGAGGUAUCGUUUAUACAAUCUAUUCAUUAAUUCAGUCGUCACAAAUUAACAAACCGCGACAUCUUUUUUACGACAAACGCGAAUUUAUAGGAAUAUGAAAGAGGAAUGAUGGAUUUGCGAGCGAUCCGUUUAUUACGUGAAAACGCACUGUUACGGCUUCAGUCGAUCUGCACUUCAUUGGUGAAUUUUACGGCGUGCAUUUGGAUAGAUAGAUUAUGUAUAACAGUAUUGCUUUACUUGGAUAAAAAACGAUUGACGACUUAUAGAUAACAGAACUGAUAAUAUACGACUAUACUUUGUAUGCAGAUAUAGCAACCUAUCAAUGUAGCAGUUAUUACGAAUCUAUUUUGUAAGAUAUUCCAUGUUUAAUUUAAAAGGUAUCGCGAGUAUUCAUAUCACACAAAUUUGUGUAGUAUCGCUCAUGUAUUGGUAAUGAUUGUAUAAAAAUGUACGUGUUUUAUAACACCUA